CACAUUUCGAGCGGAAUGACUUCGUUGUCAAUGCAUGCAGGUUUAGCCUCAGUCAGCUGUAUGCUUUGUGGAGCAUCCUUAGAGUCAACACUGAGGGAAGCAGUAGCAUCCUGUACGCCGCCUCCUGCCCCCCCUCCCUGGAUCUACUUCCGGGUCCGUGUUGCGGAUGUGUGAUGCAAUCAGCUGGGACCAAGUCGCCACAACUCCUCACAAGUUACGGAUCAUUCACUGAAUCACCCCCCACUCAGCUAAUACCGCUGCCGCGUGUGUUGAUCCCCGCGGUGUUUCCGGUUAGACCGUCGGUUGGCUCUGCUAGCUAACGUUAGCCGCUCCGGAGCUAGCUAGCUCUCCUGUUACCUGAGGGAUUAUAGAUACUGUCUUUUAGAAACCACUCAGACCUCCGCCUGGACCUUCGCAUGUGUGUGUUGUGAAGCGCUGGGUGCCGCCGGCGGAGUCACCCCCCCACCUGAGCCUGCCUGCUACAAGAGGAUCUCGGUUUUAAAUGGCCACCGCUGCCCCCGCUCCACCCCCUCCUCCUCCUACGGCCUCCGGCCCCUCCACCACGGCCACCGACAACCCGAGUCCCGGGUCCAGCGGCUCCAGCGCGGCCGCCGACAGUAGCAACCAGGACAGCACGUUCGAGUGCAACAUCUGUCUGGACACCGCCAAGGACGCAGUGAUCAGCCUGUGUGGACACCUCUUCUGUUGGCCGUGUUUGCAUCAGUGGCUGGAGACCAGACCCAGCAAACAAGUGUGCCCUGUGUGUAAAGCUGGCAUCAGUCGAGACAAAGUCAUCCCCUUAUAUGGACGGGGAAGCACAGGUCAACAGGAUCCCAGAGAAAGAACCCCCCCUCGACCACAAGGGCAAAGGCCUGAACCAGAAAACCGUGGUGGAUUUCAAGGGUUUGGUUUUGGAGAUGGGGGUUUCCAGAUGUCAUUUGGAAUCGGCGCCUUUCCAUUUGGUAUUUUUGCGACAGCGUUUAACAUCAAUGAUGGUAGGCCUCCUCCAGCGGCACCCGGGACGCCCCAGCACACGGACGAGCAGUUUCUGUCUCGACUCUUCCUGUUUGUGGCUCUGGUGAUUAUGUUCUGGCUGCUGAUUGCAUGAAUGUGCAGGGAAACAACAUGUGGGGGUUCGGCCAGGAGAUCUGCCCAGGUUGAGACAGGAAGGCUCAUCAUCAUCACGGCGAUGGGCGAAUCGGAUUCUGCCUCCGUGCAUGUUUGUCUUCCUCGAUGAUUUUUUUUCUCUCUCUCAACAAGCCAUGUGAGAUUAGAACAGAACGUGUUUUUUGAAAAUAAAUGUAUGAGUGCUAAUCUAAGAAUAACAACCUGAUAGGGCACCAUGAGAGAUUGGUUGCCUUUGACGUCAGGGGGUUUUCACACUGGACAUUUGGACUUGUCUUAGUAGGAAAAGGACAGGAUUGGUACUGUCUACCAUGUUGCUGCUAUGUCACAAUUCAGGAAAAAUAGGAAAUCCUCCGUGGACCAUACAGUGACUUCAGCUCGGGCUCUGUGGACCACUGGGGUCUACGGAGGCCAAGCUGAAGGAUGUGGCCCCUGAAUCGGGACACAGCUCAUCGUGACCCUCCUCUUUAAACCCUGACAGCGUGAUGGUUGAGAUACUUUGUGCUUUUCCUACUCUAACAUGUCAAAAUGUUUUCAGGGAAUAGACAAAUUUAAAUUAAACAGUGACUAUGAGCCUGUAGUUCCUCUGAGUCAUCAGUCCGCUCACUUAUGUACUAAGAAUGUUCUUUAUUUAAUCUAAUACUACCUGAUAGUACAAAUUACACAUCUUUUUGUUCAAAUUUACCACAAUCUGUCUCAUGCUUUGUUGAAUCAAAACAAUGUCGGACAGUCUUUUGAUUUUAAAACUACAUCGAUGCAGUUGAAAGAUUAAACUAUGAAACAGUAUUUAUCUCCAAAUCUUAACAUUUUAUUUUGCUCAGUUUAUUGUAUGUCCUUGUAAGUAAAUAUAAAUACUGUACUGCAGAGUAGAGAGAACUUCACAUGAGAUCUUUACUGUAAAUGUAAAUUCAGACUAUAGACAGAAAAAGAUAAUGUGAAUAAAGAUGUGAAUCAUCAGUUUUCCUAUGAAGGUGUCAUUCUCACACAAGCCUUACUUGCUCAGUUAAUAUGCAAAUGAAGACACACCAAACCAAAGUGGUGUUAAAAAAUUUAAAUACUCUGUUGAGAAGUAGAAUAUGUUUUGUUUUUCUUCACUCUUAAUUAUUUCACAUGGGAAAAAAGAUGUUCUUCAACUAAACCACUUUAUGCUGUAACAAAAGGAAAAUCGAUAUUUUGGUCAUUCUGUGGAAGACGUUUAUAGAAAACAGAAUAAAGUACAAAAAAAGAA